GCUUCCACGCCGCGUGGGUGCAGGAGUCCCACCGCCUCGCCACACGGGAGGAGGCUGAGGAAAGGACCCUGCCCUCAACUUUCCCAGUCGGCCACAAGCAAACCGCCCUCGCCCAGCUGGUGCCGUAGUUCCGCAGCCCCCACGGUGCCGGAGCCCCAGGGCGCUUUUCCCAUUCACCAGGCCCGGACGAGCGAGGCGAAAAGCUGCUAUACUCGGCCCCCGCCCACUCACCUCCCACCCGUCCCUCCCGCUUUCAACUUCUCCAGCAGAGCCCCUGAUGGUGCAGCCCAAUCCUCCCAGCCCAGCAGCGCAAAGGCAGGGGAAAGCGUAGGGCGGCCGCCCUAUUGUCGCGCAUCUCCCCCGUCCCCGGCCAACGUGGGGCAAGACGUCCCGCUGCCGCUGGCCUCACGCACACCACACAAGGCGGGGAAGAUGAAGUGUUGCCCCGAGACUCCGGGCCAUGCGGAGGAUGGUGCAGCGCUACCCCCGCCGCCAGCCUGGCCCCCUCCCGCCGCAGCGCCCGCCCCUCCCGCCGCUGCCCUUCACGAACAAUGAGCCGGGACAGCGCGCCACGGCCCCGGGUCAGUCCCGGCAUGUCCGCCCCACGGCAGCCCCAGCUCCGGCCUCGGCCUCUGGCAGGCGACUCCCUCCGCCCGGUAACCAGCGCAAUCUCCCGCCCCGUUGCCGUAGCUCCCGGCUCCGCCCGCGAGAGGAGGAGGUGUUUGACUCUGGACGGGCAAUGGGAUGUUGAGCUGUUCACUCUUACGGUGUGGCAGGGAAUGAAGGUUUCAGUUUCCCUCACCAGUAAUUCAAGGCACAGAGGAGCUGGUAAAGGCAUUGCCAUGAAACCAAACUUGAAGCAAUGGAAACAACUCAUGCUUUUUGGGAUCUUCGCAUGGGGUCUGCUUUUUCUGGUGAUAUUCAUCUAUUUUACAGAUAGCAACACUGCUGAACCGGUUCCGAGUUCCUUUUCUUAUAUUGAAACUAAAAGGCUUCUGCCCCUUCAGGGCAAACAGAGAGUCAUCAUGGGAGCCAUUCAUGAUCCAUCAUUUUCUGAAACCAUCAAUGGGAAUGAAGUACUUCUUAAUGAAGAUCUCUUGGGUACAUUUAAAUCAGAAACUGGAAGCAUUAAGAAAUGGACUGAUUUAGAAGAUGCCUUUAGAAAUGAAGAUGAGUUUUUUCCAUCUCGGAUAGGAGGAAAAUCAAAAAGUUCAUUCUACCAAGUCAGUGACGAUUAUUUAUUUGCUGCUGGUCAGCCUCGGUCACACAGCCACCUUCCAGAGGUAGCAAAAUUCAUCUCUGCCAAUGGGGAUAAUCCAAAAGUAAGUAUUUUACAGAACAACUGGAGCCAUCACAGAAGAAUGAGGAAAAGGAGCGCAAAGCACAGGAGAAGCCAGAUGCUGGAUGAAUCUGAUGACUGGGAUGGGCUAUACUCCACAAUGUCGAAAUCCUUUCUUUACAAGCUUUGGAAAGGGGAUGUCUCCUCCAAGAUGCUAAACCCUCGACUCCAGAAGGCGAUGAAAGAUUAUUUGAGCACCAAUAAGCAUGGGGUGCGGUUCAAGGGGAAACGAAACUCCAAGCUGACAGGAGACCAGCUAUUCUGUGAGCUAAAAGAAAGGGUGAAUGUGAAAACAAUAGAUGGCAAGGAGGCUCCCUUCUCCACUCUUGGAUGGGAAAAGCACGUUCCCCAAAUGCCACUGGGUAAAUUAUAUACACAUGGCUUUGGGAGCUGUGCUGUAGUUAUGUCUGCUGGUGCAAUACUGAACUCCUCUCUAGGGGAUGAAAUAGAUUCUCAUGAUGCUGUUCUGAGAUUUAAUUCUGCUCCAACUCGUGGCUAUGAAAAAGAUGUAGGAAAUAAAACAACCAUGCGGAUCAUUAACUCUCAGAUUCUCACCAAUCCAAAUCAUCACUUUGUUGACAGCUCCUUGUACAAGGACGUUAUCUUGGUAGCUUGGGAUCCUGCCCCCUACUCUGCAAAUCUGAACGUGUGGUAUAAGAAGCCAGACUACAAUCUCUUCACUCCCUACGUACAGCAUCGCAGGAAGAAUCCAAACCAGCCGUUUUACAUUCUCCAUCCUAAGUUUAUAUGGCAGCUCUGGGACAUCAUUCAGGAGAACACUAAAGAGAAGAUACAGCCCAACCCUCCUUCUUCAGGUUUUAUUGGUAUCCUCAUCAUGAUGUCCAUGUGUAACGAAGUGCACGUGUACGAAUACAUCCCUUCGGUCCGACAGACGGACCUAUGUCACUACCAUGAACUCUACUAUGAUGCAGCAUGUACCUUAGGGGCCUACCACCCACUGCUCUAUGAGAAGCUGUUGAUACAGAGGAUGAACAAAGGUUUGCAGGAUGAUCUGUAUCGUAAAGGGAAAGUCAUUUUGCCAGGGUUCAAAGCUGUCAAGUGCCCCGAACGAAGUAAUUUCCCAGGCUUAUAGAAGAGAAUCCUUCAGAAACAAUGUGCAAUAAGGUACUACUGUUGUACUAUAAACAAGAAGAGAAUACUUGAAAAAUGUAUCUAAGACCAAUCCAGUCUUGAGUCUAUAAAUUGUAAUUAAGUAGCAGGCAUGAGACAUACUUCUUUUCUGAACCUGAGUAUUUAUUAUUGCUUUGCAAACAGUUAAGGAAAAAAAAUGCUUAGCUCAUGAAAGGUGCAAGGGACAUACUUAGGCAGAAAUGUAAUGUACUGUUGUGGGUGUGACUGUCAGAACAGAAUUUGUGGUCUCUUAUGCCACAUAUGCUAGACUAUAACUUUUGUUUCUCACAUGAACUUAUUUAACCGUCAAACCUAGCAUUGUGAAACAGCCUCUAUUGUACGUGUACAGAGUGGCCAGUUGAACAAUGCAGCAUCUCUCAUGGCUCCAUGGGAAGGAAUUUCACACUCUCCAAGGUUGAUGUCAUCACUACCCCAGCUAUGCAGUCACUGAUGAGCAAACUUUAAUUCCUCAGACACAGGUUCAGCUACAGACCUCCAGCUGUACAGGGGGGCUUAUGGUUGGCCAUGAGGUCAGUGCAGAUGGAGGUGGCUGUACAGACAGCUAAGCAAGUUAAACUACUGGAUGUAUUUUUGAUGCCAAAUCCCCAUGCUUGCUCUGACUGCAUAAGGCAGAGAGAAAAGAGAAAUGGCUCAGUUUUUUUGAGUGCAACAAACGUAUUUGUAACCCAUUCAGGAGAAAUCUCUCUCUGGGAGGCCUACCAGGGAAGUGUAAGUGAGAUGGAAGCGAUGCCUUCCCCUGGUCUGCACAGAUAAGGCAGAUGUAGAGGAAGCUGAGGGAGGCUAUGCAGCACAGAAGGCAAGUGCAGAGGGACUUUAGCUUUCUGCAGCAGGUAGCAUUCAGAAUUACAGACAUAAUUUGUUAGGUAUGUCACUGGGUUCCAAAUCAGACUCACUUGUUCACAAGUUGCUGCUGUUAAGAAAGCAUAGGGAGUUUUCUGACAAGAUCAGGGCUUUUUAUUUAACAGUGAAAAGACUGUGCCCCAGAGAAGCUGUAUUGCCUCAAAAAACGAGACUGUGGAUUGUGUAUGGAGAUAAUUUGUUAUUUUCCUCUGUAACAUACAAUGAGAAUUUUUUCUAAGGCACUUUUAAAAAUCUGCCUAGUUACUAAUAUAUUUAAAGCAUUAUCUUUUCUUGGCAAGACACGAAUUCCAGAUUUUCCAACUGGCAGGAGGUUAAUGUUUUGAUAUAUUAUUUUUUCACAAAGCUACACCCUUUCUCUUAGGGUAAGGUCAGCAGGAAUGUAUGUACACAAAAGCACAGCUGUAUUCUACCCAUACCCAUUUAGAAAAAGGCUGAGAGCUCAGAGGGGCAUUGGAAAGAAUAGCUGAGUGAUCGUGGUGGAAAGUAUUUUUUGCUUUGCCUCAAAAAGCAGAAAGGCAGGCGAAGAGUGCACACAAUACUGAUAACUAUUUCCUCAAAUAGUGUAAAUAUAAUCACAGAAUACUUUUUUCUCUCACUCUACUCUUUGGAGGUCUGAUGAAUUUUCUUCCUCAAAAGUAAAGAAUAUGUGUCUGACAUAACCUUCUUUUCCCAUAUAGCCUCUUAAUUUGGGCUUUAUGAUCCUCUUCAGAUUCCUUUUGUUGACAUGAAGUAUGUCCAGAUGAUCUAAAAACUGUACUUCUGUAGUGUGAACAGUUAUCUCCAUAAAAUCAUUUUGGUUCAUGUCAAAAUGAGUAAGUUUUACUCAUACUAGCCUUAGACUCUAGAUAUAUUACAUAAUUCCUUUUAAUGCCAUGGAAGCAACUUUUAUUCCUACAGUUAAUAACACUGUUAUCUAGUUUUUUGGAGAAUAGCUAAUCUACAUAAGACUAAUCUGUGUUUCCAUAUGGUUGGUGCCCUAAUUGCAAAACAUACAAGGUUUGAACGGUGCAUUCAAACGUGUUGUUCUUUCCUAUAAGCUGGGGUAGCUACCCCAUGUUUGUAAAGCAAGGCAGUUGAUUAGCUUUCUAGAGCUAGUGAAUAUGCUAUUUUUCCAUAAAAUGGAAAUCCUCAAAUUCUGGAGGGAAAAAAAAAAAAGGCACAUUACUUUGAUUGGUUUGCAAACACUAAUCUGUAACUUUGAUUUUCACAAAGUAGACAAAUACUAACUGCAUUGCUCAACUGCCCACAGCAGGAUUGCGUUGUGUUAUUCUCCCAAUAAUCUGUCAGGUGAUCAACAUGAGAGUUACACAGAUUAAGGCAAAUGAAAGAGUUUCAUGUAACAAGUACAAAGUGUACCUACUUAAUACAUCAUUUCAAUCUUAAUGCAGAACCAAGUCUGAGAUGUUAUAAAACGAACCGUGUAUUUUUAAUUUAUGGGACUGUACACCUUCAAGCCCUCCCAGCAGAAGCUUUGCUGUAUCCUCAUUUAUACAGCAGUGCUCCUUCCACAAGUGCAAAUGUGGGUGCUGUAGCACCAUCACCUCAGAAGAUGCUGCAGAGCUGGGCUGCAAAUGCUUGCUUGCUCACAGAGGAAGACGACCAACUUGUGAUGCCCAUCUCGGAAAGAUAAGCAUCCCUGGCAUGGCUUCCCAACACUGAUUUCCACUGUGACGUUUCACUGGUCUGACUGCUCAAACACCUUUUGGCUCCUUAAAGAGUUUCUACUCCUGUA